UCUGAGAAAGGGCAGACUGGCAUGGAGAAAGAGAAGUUCCAGCAGAAGGCUCUGAAACAAACUAAGCAGAAGAAAUCCAAGUCGGCUGAAUUUCUGAUGGUGAAAGAAGAGCGAGAAGCAGCAGAAGGCAUUGAAAAUCCAGCUUUUAACAUCAGCAGCACAGAUCUUUCAGCAUAUCAGGCUUCAGAGGAGGAAGUUAUUAGACGUGACAAGCUAGAUAGCACCCUUGCAGCUCACCAACAAAAACCCAGGCUGCGAGCCCAUGCCGAACCAAGAGGAAAUGAAUACAGCAGAAAUUACUUUGACCCGUUGAUGGAUGAGGAAAUAAACCCAAGGCAGUGUGGGAUGGAGGUCAGUGAAGAAGAUCCUGUGGAAUUUACUGAACAAAUCCUGUAUGGUAAACUGAUGAAGCUUUUGGAUGAAGAAAGCAAGAUGGCAAACUCCCAAGCCUAUCUUGUCAGCGAAGAUUUUUCAGACUCCGUGAUGCCUGUCAGCUCCAGUAAGACAUGUGACCUUCACAGAGAGGUUGAAGAUGAAGUGAUUCCUUCAUAUAUCGAACAGUUUGAGAGGGAUGUUCAGGAUGACAUAAUUCUGCUUGGCAGCUUUUCACUGGAACAGGACUCUAAGAACAGCAAGGAAGUGUCUUGCCACAACAAAAACAAGCUGCAAUCCAGGAUUCAUAAGCUCUUUCAAAGAGUAGAAAGUCAACCACUAAAAGCAGAUGUGAGCGGGUGCAAAGAAGAAAUCAUGGCCAAGUUUGGUAACCUUGCAGAUGUGAAUAAUGAAUUAAAUGGAGCAGCGGGAUGUUGUGGGAAGGUUGCCGAGUUUGAGACACCACAGGCAAUAGAAAUUAAUGUCAAAUGCCUGAGGGGAGUCAAAGAUAAGGUGCCCAAAGGCUACUAUUUCCUCAGAGUUUCUGUUCUCAGCCGCUUAGGUGGUGGCCUACUGCAAUGGCCCGGACUAAAGGAACAGCCCUGGGCCAGAACAACGCUGCCUGUUAGUCAUGGUGGAAACUUCUACAACACUGAAAUCUACUUUGGACAAAGUAUCCAAACAUUGGGUUCUGAGGUGCUAGAAGAGGGAUUUUGUGUGCUGAUGUUAAAGUUUCCCUAUGAGCGAAACURUCUUAGUAGGUAA